AUUAUGAGAGUGGGUGGAUAGGAUGACCAAUGGAAAGCCAGCCUCAUCUACGUGGUUUCUGGUUAAUCUCCAGAGACCAGAAAGUGUUUAUUGGCUCCACCUGACUUCACUGUUGUAAACACAGAGAAACCAGGAAAAGCAGGGCAAGAGCUUGCUGAUUCCCUGGGUACAAUCAUCUGAUGACCCAGAUAUCAGCCAGUGACCAGCUGGUGGCCUCCCUUUUAACCUGCUGGCUCCUGCCCGCCACUGCCCAGGUCACCAUUGACUCAGUGCCAUCAAAUGUGGUUGAAGGAGAAAAUGUCCUUCUUCUUGUUGACAAUCUGCCACAGGAUCUCAUAGCCUUAGCCUGGUUCAGAGGAAUGAAGAAAAUUGUCGUAUAUAUACUGAACACUAAAGUAAGUGUGACAGGGUCCAUGUACAGUGGUAGAGAGACAGUGUCCAGCAACGGGUCCCUGUGGAUCCACAAUGUCACCCAGAAGGACACAGGAUUCUACACCCUACGAACUGUAAAUAGACGUGGAGAAAUUGUAUCAACAACAUCCAUGCAUCUCUAUGUGUACACCUCUCUUUACAUCUGUGGGCUUCCUUAUCAACCCACAAAGCUUAUUAUUGAAUCCGUGCCGACCAGUGUUGCUGAAGGCGGAAGUGUUCUUCUUCUUGUUCACAAUCUCCAGGAUAAGCUUCGAGGGCUUUCCUGGUACAAAGGGGCAUCUGUGUCUAGGAAAUUUGAGAUAGUCCGACAGAUAAUAGCCACGAAUUCGAGUGUGCCGGGCCCUGCCUUCAGUGGUAGAGAGACAGUGUACAGCAACGGAUCCCUACUGCUCCAGAAUGUCACCCAGAACGACACCGGAUUCUACACCCUACGAAUUCUGAGUAGACUUCGGAAAAUGAAAUUAGCACAUGUUGAACUUCAGGUGGACACCUCCCUUUCCACUUGCUGUGACCCUGUUACCUCUGCCCCACUCAUGAUUGAUCCAGUGCCACGGCAUGCUGCUGAAGGGGAAAGCAUCCUUCUCCGUGUUCUUAAUCUGCCAGAAGAUUUCCAAAUUUUUUGCUGGUACAAAGGAGCAUCUACCUUUCAGGUCUUUAAAAUUGCAGAAUAUAGCAGACCCAGGAACUCCAUCACCAAGGGGCCUGCACAAAGCAGAACAGAGUUAGUGUACACCAAUGGAUCCCUGCUGCUCCAGGAUGUCACUGAGAAAGACACGGGCUUGUACACACUACAAAUUAUAGACAGGAAUUUCAAAAUUGAAAAAGCACAUGUGCAAAUCCACGUGAACAAGCCUGUGACACAGCCUUUCAUGAGAGUCACUGACACAACAGUCAGAGUCCAAAGCUCAGUGGUCUUCACUUGCUUCUCAGACAAUACUGGGAUCUCCAUCCGUUGGCUCUUCAAUAAUCAGAGUCUGCAGCUCACAGAGAGGAUCACACUUUCCCCAUCAAAGUGCCAACUCCACAUAAAUCCUGUCAUGAGGGAGGAUGCUGGAGAUUAUCAAUGUGAGGUCUCCAACCUUGUCAGCUCGAAGAAGAGUCUCCCAGUCAGCCUGGGCGUGUUGAAUGAGUGACCCCUCCUCUCAUGCUACAGCAGGGGGGCAUUCCUUUGUCAAUGGGGUACAAAAUGGGUAAAAGUUACAUAGUAAAAAUUGUCAGUAACUGUUCAUGUACUGCCAGCAUGGUGGCUUCUGCCUGUGAUUCUGCCUGUGAUUCUGACAUAGCAGUGUGUAGAAGGACAGCUCAGCAUUUAAAGUGAGACUUGGUGUUCAAAGAAAAAUAAAGACAUCAAUAUGGUAAA